CAGCUGCUUCACAAGUAUAUAUGCAGAUAUUGCAACACACACUUGUUUACAAUUGUGCCUAUCUGUUUCAAUCCGCGUGAGAAUUGUUGUCGAAGUGAACUCACAGUAGACUGAGUAAUAGUUCCUAUCGAUAUGUUGCAGAUUGCAGAUUCAGAGAUGGCCUCAUAUGUAUGAUUUUUCAAAAGCUCGUUCGUUAAAAUGGGAACCGAAAGAGAUCAGCAUCAACCGGAAGAUGCAUGGGAAAGUCUACCUAUCGAUUUCCUGAUCAAGAUUCUCAGAGAUCAUGAUCUGCCAAUUUCCACACUUCUGGAAUGUCGUUCAGUUCGUAAGAAAUGGAAGGAAAUCAUAGAUGGUCCUGACUUACGGAAUAAAAUAUGGAAAAAUUCUGUUAUUGUGUUUACUGCAAGUCUUCAAGAUACGGCCUACUUCUGCUGUAGAGAUCGAUGGAUCACAAGGAAUCUUACAUUUAGGCCCAAUGAACUGGUCGCUGCUGAUGGAGGCCUACUGUGUUUCGGUGACCGAUUUUCAACAGCAUAUGUCAUGUACAACCCAGUUCCGGACAAGUUCCUGCUUUUAGACGUACCUCGUGAAAUCGAUGGAGAAGAUACAGUCAUUGUUGGUAUGCCAAAGUGUAAGGUGGUGGGUUUAAUCGUGGACCAAUCUACGAACAACUUCAAGCUAGUUUUGGGAGGAGUUCUGGUCGCAACAGAUAGACUCAGAACUUUGAUUUACGACUCGACGACUGGUAGAUGGUCGUGGGGAGUUCAUCCGUUUCCUGAAUGGAUGAAAAACGUGUGGGGUAUUGGGAGAAGUAUAGUAUGUGAUAGAUGUCUGUAUUGGCUCGUAUGGGAUCCCUUUAGGGGCAAGAUGAGGGCUCUCUUGAUAUUUGAUCUGGAAAAGGGAACGUGGAACGCCUUGGUAGAGGAAUCCAUGGAGGGCACGCCAAUCAACCUUCAAAUGGCUGCGUAUGAAGGACAUGUGUGCCUACUCACCAGUAACUGGAAACCUCUGGAAGAGGAGUUUGAUCGAAGGAGCGAUGUCGCCAACUUCCUCCGGAAUCGAAUUGUCCGGAAAAUGGAUGGAGCUUUGAUCAGGAGAGUAAGAGGUGUAUAUGAUGGAGGUUUGAUCACGAGACAUAUACUUCGAUGGAAUAUGGACGGUCCAAAUGAUGAAGCUGCUGCCAGGAGAUUUAUUUAUCAAUGGGCUCGAGGUUAUCCCACAGUUUUCAAAUUCUAUGCCACAGGAGGCAGUGAUGCAUUUUUCGUAUUUGAUGAAGAACGUAAAGAACUUGAUGUGGUGAAAUAUUGGGCUGAAUUAAACUUGAUAUUUUUCCUACCCCAACCUCCUUUUCACUCAAGAAAUCCUUUGCAAAACUUUGUAUACGCUCCGAACCCCAUUGACCCUUGGUGCGCAAUAAUUCCAAGUCCCAGAGGAAGUGCAGGGCACGGGUGGAUAAGACAGCAGGAGUUUAAAGCACAGGAGCAGAGACGGGAGGAGGAAGAUAUGCGGGAAGCUCCUACGCAAGCUCUUGGGCAAUUUGGUUGACGAGGCAAUGGAAUUUCUAUGAGAAGAAGAGGAGUGUUAUGACCUUUAGGACAGAUUAGCUCACCGAAAUAUGGGUCCUCAAAAAUUUAUUUCUCUGCAGGAUGUUAAGAUGGCAUUGGUUUAAGAGGGUAAAACAGUGGAUUCAGAUCACUCUUCCGAAAAGCGGAAAAAAUUCCUUUUCUUGGUAAAUAACCUUACAUUUGAUUCUCGAUCCAAUUACGGCUCAAGGUAGAGAGAUAUCUAGAUUGUUUCUGAACGUAACUACACAAUCCAGUAUACUAUAGGUCAAAUUAACAAAGCGAUCAAUAUCAUCU